UAUCCUUUAGUAGAAAUGAAUGAGAUCCGCCUACAUUAACACUGAAGACACAAAGAGGAGGAGACAUCAAAGAGGAAGUAGAGGAAACAUUUGUCCUCAUGAGACACUAGUACAGAGACUGAGAGAGUUCAGAGCGCGAGAAGAAGACGGAAGAACAACGGUUGAGUUCAGAUCAUUUAAAAUGUCUCUGUUCCUGAUACUGAUGCUGCCAUUAGCAGUAACUCAUGUUUCCACCAUCACUGUCAGAGUUGGAGAUGACGUCACUCUGCCUUGUGACAAAAUAAAAGAUCUGAAUGAUGAAUGUAACAGUACUACCUGGCUCUUCAGUGGUUCAAGAAAUACAUCAACACUGUUUGAAUAUGGGAAGAUUCUCAAAGACGUUGGAUCUAAAUCAAACAGACUGAGUGUUACAUCAAACUGUUUACUGGUUAUAAAGAAUGUCACAGAUGAGGAUGAUGGUCGUUACACCUGCAGACAGUUCGAUAAAUCAGGACGACAAGUUACAGACUCUGGUGUUGAUCUGUCUGUUAACAAUGAAACAACAACAACAAUAUCAACAACAACAAAGAAGAAAGCUGCUGCGACCACAAAGACAGUAGCAACAUCAUCUAAAACUCAAUCACCUCCACCUCCAAUAACAACUAAAAUGGCAACGACACACAACAACACACCUGAUCAACCAUCAACAACAGUCACAGAUGAGUCUGGCUCCAACACAACCACGGUUACUGUGACCGUUGUAGCUGUGAUUUUAGCAGCUUUCAUAAUAACUGUCGUAGCUGUCGUCAGAUGGAAGAAAACCAAAGGAAACAGAACACAGACGAAUGAAAACACUGAACUGAAUGUAAAGCCUGAAGGGAUUCGACCUGCUCCAGAAACCAGUCGGCUAGACACGGCUGAUGCUGCAGAUGAUGUUUACUACUCCUCCAUCAGCUACAUCAAGGACACCAACAGUAAAGCCAGGGAUAAGUCUAAUGAAGGUGAUUUAGGUGCCUACAGCACUGUCAAAGCUCCGUCCACUUCAGUUGCAGCCUCCACUGAUUCCAACUGCUUGUACUCCACCAUCACAUGAAAGAACCUAUGAGAGGAUCCAGUAUGGUUUGACUUUUUUACACUGUUGUGAUAUUAGGAUUUUAACAUGUAGUGAUGUUUUUCUUGUUUAUGAGUCAGUUUGAUGAAAAUUUAAAUGACUGCUGUAAACUAUUUGUCCAGUAGGGGGUGUAGUUUUACUGCUACGUUACUGUAUAUCAGUGUUUGUACUGGUGCUGCUGUGCAGGGGAUGAUUAUACGCUUUUAUAAGUUUUCUGGUGUAAGUUAGUAAUAAAUUCAA